GAUGGGACGUCUCUCUCUGCUGAUUCUGCUCUCCUGCUGGGUGUCUGAGUCUGCUGCUAUAGCAGGGCUCAAUACAGACACAACAUCUGAAGUUGGAGACUGGACAGAGAACAGUAAUGAGAUUCAGAACUACAGUACCCAGGUCGUACCACUGGUUUGUCAGCUCAGCACCUGUGAGCUCCUGCUGAGCAAGCUGGGGGCCAUGCAGGAGAAGAUGGAGACCAUGGAGGUCAAAGUUGUGACCAUGGAGAGUGAGCUGCAGGCAAACAGGAGGGAGAUUGAACAGUUGAAGACACGUGCUGCUGGGAAGGUAUCAUUCGCUGCCUUUUUAGGAGGUCAUGGACACCUUGGCCCAUAUGAUGUAGCCACAACUAUAGAAUACAAGAAUGUGCUCACCAACGUAGGCGAUGCCUACAAUCCAGCCACAGGAAUAUUUGUUGCCCCAGUCAGAGGAAUUUACUAUUUCUACAUCUGCUACCAUGCUGCCCAACAGAAAGGGACAGUAAUUACCUUAUACAAGAAUAGUGAACUCAUAGUAUCAACUGUCCAUAGAGGUGAUGAGAACAGUUCUGCAAAUGAGAAUGGAUCUAAUGGUGUUACAUUACAGUUGGAGGAGAGAGAUCAGGUCUAUGUCAAACUUACAGCUGGAACGUGGGUUUGGGGUGCAUCAACCCGAACUACUGUGUUCACUGGUUUCUUGGUCACCCAUUUGUGAUGUACUGUAUAUGUAUGUCAGGCUUGUGCAAAAUUCAGAAUUGAAUUGAGAACGACUCCUAAAUUCCAAUUAAAUUCUUGAGCUUGAAUUGAAUUUGAGUUGAGGUGAAAAACAGGACGUAGAAUUACAAUUCGAAUUUGAAUUAAAGGAAGUAGAAUUGAAAUUCAAUGAAAUUCGAAGAAAUUCAUAAUUUAAGGGUAGUGUUUAACAAUGAAGUUUCACAAAAUGUGUCAGAUAUGAUGGCAACAAACACACAACUUAUAAUUGAAAACAGUGAUCAAUUACAUUUCCAAAGUAACCUUCCCAAAACUGAAUGUAUGUGAGAUUCAACACAUUCUUCCUGUUAUGUGACUGUGGAAUUGUUUUGAAUUGCCAUGAAUUGAAUUCCACUUCCUUAUAUUCCAAUUCAAAUUAAAAUUCAACUUCCUGUGGGGUGGGGCCAAUUCAAUUCGAAUUCCAAUUCAUGAAUUGAAUGGAGGCCAAUUCUAAAAUUUGGAAUUGUGCAAAAGCCUGAUGUAUGUAUGUAUUUUGAGAUUUUUUGUCAGAAUAAGGUGAUUUGAAAAAUAAUUAUAUACAUUGCAAACUAAAAAAAUGCAAUUCAGAUGGU